AUGAGUGACUUGAGUCGGUCCUCCUUCAAGACCGAUAACCCGAAGGGCUCCGCCGAGCAUGUCGAGACGUCUUUCUCCGCUGAACUUGACACCAUCGAAGACACGCCCUGCAGCAAAUAUGCCUGGCUGGUGUCUAUUACUGCGGGAGUGGGUGGAUUUUUGUUUGGUUACGACACCGGCAUCAUCUCUGCCAUUCUAGUAUAUCUGGGCACCUCCCUGGGCAAGACGUUAGAUGGCAGCGAGAAGGAACUAGUGACUUCCCUCACCUCAGCUGGCGCUUUUGUCGGCGCCGUGCUGGCCGGUUUACUUGCCGAUCGGUACGGCCGCAAACCUCAAAUCUACAAUGGCUGCAUUCUGUUCAUCAUUGGCGCCAUCAUCCAGGCCACGGCUUAUAGUAUCGCCCAGAUGUCCGUGGGUCGUCUGAUCGUGGGAUUUGGUGUGGGCUCUGCGGCUAUGAUUGUUCCGUUAUACAUAGCCGAAGUGGCUCCGGCCAAAUACCGCGGCCGUAUGAUCAGCCUGGACAAUCUCUCCAUCACAGGCGGACAACUGAUUAGCUAUGGCAUUGGAGCGGCCUUUGCGUCAGUCAGCAACGGAUGGCGGUAUAUGGCAGGUCUGGGGGCAGUCCCGGCCAUUGUGCUCUGUUUUCUGCUCCCCUUCUGUCCCGAAUCACCCCGACAGCUGGUGUACCAUAACAAGCAAGACGAAGCGGCCAGGGUGAUUGCAAAGAUCUUUCCAGAAGGAACCCCCGAGCAAGUUCAGCAAAAGGUGCAGCACAUUGCUAUCCACAUCGACCAAACCAGAAGCUCGGAGAGGAGCCUCUGGUGGCAGAUCAAGCAGCUCUACGUGGUACCCAGUAACUUCCGGGCGCAGUUCGCCGCAUGUGGUCUCAUGGCUGUCUCCCAGCUGGGAGGAUUCAACAGCCUGAUGUACUACUCGAGCACUCUCUUUGCCAUGGUGGGAUUCAAUAACCCUGUGGCAGUGGGCACGAUCAUUGCCGCGACGAAUUUCGUAUUUACGUUUGCCAACCUAGCUCUCAUCGAUAGGGUGGGUCGGCGCCGGAUUCUGCUCUGCACGCUGUGGGCGAUGGCUGCGUCGCUGGUGUGCACCGCGAUCUGCUUCCGCUGGAUUCCUCUUGGCCACGAUCUCACGCUCAAGACCCAGAAAGUCGGCUGGGCUGCAGACGUGGUCCUGGUGUGCUUGGUAGUGUAUGUCGCGUUCUACUCGAUAGGCUCGGGCAACAUCGCCUGGAUGGGAAAUGAGUUCUUCCCCAUUGAGGUGCGGGCCGUUGGGACGAUGCUUCUCACCAUGACCUGUUGGGGCUCGAACAUCAUCGUUGCCUCGUCAUUCCUGACCCAGAUGGAGAAUACGACCCCCUCGGGUGCAUUUGGGUUCUACGCUGCCAUCUGCUUCUUUGGAUGGGUGGGUGUAUAUUUCUUCUACCCUGAAGUCAAGGGUAUGACGCUGGAAAAUAUCCGGGAGGUCUUUGAGCAUGGUUUUGGAGUCAAUUAUGCCCGAGAAAUCCAGAAGGAAGCCAAGCGCAAUGCGCAGGAACGCGCUGAGAGCAGCGAAAGCGUGUAA